ACAUUCUAUAAUAUCCUUUGGAAUCAACUUCGAUUUACUGUGCUUCUGUCAGACUGCGUAGUGGCCGGGGUGGAUAGUGUUGUGCUGUGUUCGCGAUGCGUGAUUUGGCCACUAAAAUGGCUGAAUUAAAAUUUGAGGCUCCAUUAGCGCAAUUCGAAGAAACCGAUGAAUGGGGUUCGACGGAAUUUCAAACAGCAAAUUUCAAAAACGAAGAAAAUCUCAAUAAUAUAAACAAAAAAAAGCACGACAUCAACGAUGUUUUGAACGACUUUAAAGAAGACAUACUCAAUAAUUCUAUACCCCAAAAAGUGCCCGCUAAGACACUUAUUCUGAAAAACGGCGAGACCCAAUCGGUGGCUGAUAAUUUUACCGAAACUUUUUCUGGAUCUUUGGAGGAUUUAGUAAAUACUUUCGAUGAAAAAAUCACGAAAUGUUUCGGAAAUUACGAGGAAUCUGUAGAAAAAUUGGCACCUGUUCAAAUUAGGUCCCAAGAAGAAAUUAUGAAUGAAUGCCAAAUGUGGUGGACGUUGACGGGAAACUUCGGUAACAUUUUGCCUAUCGAUUGGUCGAAAACGUACGCUAGGAAACUACAAAUCAAUGCUCUGCAUUUGGAUCAGCAGGAUCCUCAAACACCCGAAGACGACCUCGAUUUGAGUUCUGAAGAUGAAGCGGUUGCUAGUGACCUAGAUAUGCACGCUCUAAUUCUUGGUGGAAUGAACCAAGAAGCAGACGAACCCUUAAAAACCGCCGAAGAAGUAAUAAGAGAAAUCGACGAUAUGAUGCAAGACGAUUUGAGCUCUAUUGAUGGAAAUCCCGAUGGUAGAGAAGGCCAAAUAGAAAAUAAUGAGGUGUUAGAAAAAGCGAAGGAAGUAUUAAGUUCACCAUUAUAUGAAGACAAAUUACGCGAUUUGAGUUUGAGCCAAUUGAACGAACUGUUUCUCGAAUUAGAAGUAUUGAUAAGAGAAUUUUCCGAAACGUUGAUAUCCGAAUUGGCGCUUAGAGAUGAAUUGGAGUACGAGAAAGAGUUGAAGAAUACGUUCAUUUCUCUGUUGUUAGCAGUUCAAAAUAGACGAAGACAGUACCAUGUCGAAAAGAAGAGAUCGGCCAAAAAUUCUUCCACGAAACUUCAAAACGGCAUUGAUCCGAAGUAUUUAACUACCGUAAUUCCUUACCAUAUAAGCGACGGGCCACCGGAUAACCAAAGUUUACAAGUCCUCAUUAAAAUACUGAAAGCUAUAAACGAAGAUAGUCCGACAGUACCGACUUUAUUGACAGAUUAUAUAUUGAAAGUAAUAUGUCCGACAUAGAGGACGUUUUAGUUAAUAACCAUUCGUUAUUUAGUGAAGAAGCUUUCGAUUGAUGCAGCAGCACAUUAUUUCUACGGUCUCUCUGUCUCUAUUUUACUCUUUGAUAUAUUAAAUAUUUAUUUGUGUUGUAAAUAUUUGAACUCGGAACGUUCUAGUCUAAAGUCUUGCGAGUUGAUUAAAUAAUUUUAAGAUUUUAUUGUACCUUUGAUUGUCUAUGCACACAAAAGAAUAAUUUCUAGUGCAAUAUAUCAUAAGUGUAUAUUUUGUUAGUUUUUAAGAAAAUCGAUGGUGAUUGACAGUUAUUUAUUUGACAUUUGGUGGAGUUGACUUAAUUUUCAAAAAAAAUUGUGAUUUUAUUAUACAGUGACUAUAUCUCAAAAUAUUAAAUCGUUUUUAAUUAAAAAAUUGAUUGGGAUGAAUUUGAAUACACGGAAUUUACCUACACUAACUUUUGGUAACAUUUAUCAACUGAUUUAUUUAAAUACAUUUUACAAAAUUUCUAACUUUACAUCAUCCUUGUUUUGAAAAUUCACGUUUAAAGGUUUUUGUGAAGCGAUUAUAUUAAUUUCUGGUAAAAAGUUUGUUGAAUUCAUUGCGAUUUUAUUGUGCAGUGACUAUAUCUCAAAAAUUGUAAUUAAAUUGUUUUUAAUCAGAAAAUUGGUUUGGAAGAAUUUGCACACACGUAAUUUAUCUACACACUAACUAUUCGCUAACACUUAUCAACUAAUUUAUUUGAAUAAACUUUAUAAAAUUACAAACUUUUACAUCCUUGCUUUGAAAAUCACGUGUAAAGGUUUUUAUAAAGAGAUUAUCUUAUUUCUGGUAAAAAAUUAGUAAAAGAGAGAUAAAACAUGCAAUCACAGAAGUAGUGUAUGGAAAGUAUGGAAAAGUACCAGGAUACCAUAAAGCAACUUUAGAAAUGAUUAAAAAUAUGGCGAAAAAAGGAAAAGAUGUGACGUUUCAUAUUUUCAUUAAAGCUUCAAUAAAGCUUCUAUAGAAGAUGAAGCACUCAAACUGGCAGAAGGAAUUAAUAGUAACAAAAUUCAAAAAGGUUGAUACAAAGUAGUGCAAUAGCUACCGAGGAAUAACAUUAAUUAUUACAGCGAUGAAAAUGAUGGAAAAUAUUAAAGAAAAGAUAUAGAUUAACAGUAGGAGACACAUUUGGAGAAUCACAGAAUGGAUUUUCAAAUGGGAAGAAGCACCUAAGAUCACGUAUUCAAUAUAAAACAGAUGACAGAUAAAGCAAAGCAAGAAAAGAAGAAAUUGUAAGUGUCCUUCUUGAUUUAGAAAAAGCCUUUGAUAGGGUACCUAGAGAGAAAAUAUGAAAGAUAGUGGUCGAAAGAAGAGUUUAUGUAAAAAUUAUAAAAAUUUGCGAUUACCAGAUGAUUAGAACAAUGCUGCAAUAUGCAUAGGCAUAGGAGCAUAACGUAUAUAACUUAAAAGUUAUGGCCAGAUUAAUAAGUAAAACACGACGGACCAAUUUUUCAUCUUAUAAACAAUACAGAGUAAUAAUUUUUGCUGUUAUCACCAAAAAUAUAUUGACAUGAGUCAAAUUGACUAACCUAAGCUAACUUAAUCUCCUUUAAGUGUGUUAGCGUCCUCCAUCCCUUGUAAAAUUGUUAAUUUGAAAUAUUUUGUGUCAUAACAACGACUAUAAUAGGUUAUACGUAAAAAAUGUAUAGGACGCUUUUUGUAGAGUCCUUUACGAGGUUCAUGUUUGUUUGAAACUUUUUCCUCUGAAAUUAUUAAUUAGUAGGAUUGUUAUAUCUUUGUAAGGGGUCAUGGAACGAAUGAAACAGUAAAAAUCCCUUCAAGAAUUAAUCUUUAAUCUUAAACUCUUCUGAUUGAUUCAAUAAAUUUGAUAAUUUCAAAUAAUUUACUUAAAGCUUUUGAAUAAUAAUAAAAACACAAAUUUUUUAUCCGAUUUUUUCGAAAUUUAUAAUUAUUUACCACACGGAAUUAAAUGUUUGCUCUCAUAUAUUCAAUAACAUUAAUAAAAAUAUUACGUGUGUAAUAAAACAAGGUAUAUAGUAAAGAAGUAAUCAAAUUCAUGGAUCAUCUUUUUGACUAUUUAAAAAAAAAAUUGUAUACAAGAUACAUUUCUGUCAAUACCAUCAUUUGUAUCAUACAUAAAAAUAUUUUAAUUUUAGAUAUAAGGUUAUAUUAGCAAUGAAAUGACAGUUUUUUGACUAAACUUUUAUAAUGCUCAGUUUUGUGAUAUAUUUUUUUUAGUUGUAAAUAAGCAAUAUUUUAUUUUUAUAUGUAAUUCUGUACCAUAAAAUACCACAACUUAAUGAUACAUAUAAUAGUCACUAAAAAUUAUUUAUGUAAUUGACAGGGCAUCAACAUUAAAUGUUAUUUUUAUUCUUUUUCCCGAUAUAUAAACUAAUUUUAAAAUCUGGCAAUUUUGUUGGAUCCUCAUUUUUUACUAUUUUUCAUUUUUUUUUUGAUUUAUUUUUAUACUAAUAAUUAAUUUUAUUUUUGUUAGUUGAAUAUUUUUAUUUAAUAAGUUCUCCAUAAUAAGUAACCUUUUCUAAAAUUUUAUAUUUCCCAGACAAAAUGAAAAAAUAAGAAAAUUGUAUUCAGUAAAAGCUGCUUUAUUCGCGGGGUAUAUGUUCCAUAAAUAACCAUGAAUACGGAAUGAUAAUUUAUACGGGAUUAUAGGGGGAACGUUCCUAGGUGAUAAAAUAAUAAAAAACAAACAUAUAAAAAAAACAGUUUAAUUGAAGUUUUUGAACAUUUUUAUUAAUUAUAUUAAGCCUUCGCUAAUAGUUUGAAGAUUGGUACACAGGAGUCGCGUUAGCAAUUAUUCUCUUGAAAAUAAGACUUUGAUCCAUAUACAGAUGUUCAUAAAGAAAUCUCAAACCUCAUUUGCCAUUCUUGAACCUUCACCAAAAUUAAAUGUCACGUUUCAAGUGCUCGUUGAAGCCUCUUCUUCAAUGAGCUGUGGAUUUAACAUUCCCUCCAAUUGGUUUCAGUCAAAUCUUUAUCUUAAACUGUAAAAAUUGACUAUCGCAUUGACCUUAAAAAAGAAAUUUACAAAAUGGCGUCGACAUGAAAUACCAAUUUUUAGUCCCUUUUUUUACCUUUUAAAAUUUUUCAAAAAUACUCCAAAUUUUUGUUUGAGAAACAAUUCCAGUAGAAUAGUUUGUUCCACUCGGCCAGCUUGUACAGUAUGUCACAAAAUCUAUUGUAUCUGACAUAUUCUUGAGGGUCUAAGCUUUGAAAAUAUGCAUAAUAAUCAAUUUCUUCAAAUUUCUAGAUCAGAAUACCACCCUUAACAACAUACUUUAAGCAAAGUUGUGUUAAGAUCUAUUUUAAUUUUUUUAUUAGUCCAUUUGACGGCAUUUACAAAGAAUAUUGGGUUGUAUACCUCUUGGAAUCCUUUUAUUAAUAUGUCGCGUUAAAAAAACUUUUCUUAGCAUAAUUUAAAAAAUGAAAUAAACUAUUCAAAAAUAAUAUUUUUAUUAAAACAUACUUUAAUCGAAAAACUGUCGUUGAAAACCAAUUUUUAUUCGAAAAGUGCGUGAGUUUUCACUCGGAUUGAUAUUUUUGUAAGUGAGAAAAUUUUCUCUGAUAUAUAUGGGAAAAUGAAAAUUGUCGAGUCCUAGUUGUAAUAAAAGAAUCGGAAUAAAAUUAUUGUUUCGAUUCUAAUUAACUAAAAAAAAAAUAAUAAUAAAAAAUUUAAUAUUAAGAAUACAGAGCUGCAUUCUUCGUUCUUGCCAUAUUGUUUAUGUAUAUUAUUUUUUUGUAAAUUAAUUAUUUUAAAUAAAUAACAAAAAUGUUCGACUUGAUGUUACACCUCUUUCAAAAGAGCAGCCUAUAUAUGUAGAAGAUCUCAUUUCAGUAAAUCUGUUCUAUCUUUAA